AUGGAGGAAAUUGGAGAAUUCCCAUGGACGACAAUCUUCUUCUCCAAUCCUCUCUUCUCGUGUUUCAUCACAAUCUACAGUUUAUUUCUUCUUUAUUUCCCUCACGACUAUCUUCGAGUUAUUCUCUCCCCUGUUCCACUACUCGCCGGAGCUUUCUUAAUCUCUCUCCUCCGUUUCGGGUCGACCAGAGAAUCCAAAACCCGACCCGGAAGCCAUGAGAAUCGAGGAGAUGGUAGAAGAAACCUUGAAGAGAGAGAAGAACCCAAGGUCUCGGAUUCAGAAUCCGAAUCCGAAACGGGUCUCGAUUCGGUCAAUUUGGUGAAAUGGAAAUUGGGAGGUCCAUUAUUGGAGGCAUUUAAACCGGAAUUUGAUUCGGAACUGGACAGCGAUUUACCGGUUAUGGGUGGUUCGGUUUCGUCGGAGGAAGUGAAGGAGGAGAGUUUGAUCGAGAUCGAUAUCUCCUCAUGA